AUGGAAGAGAAGCAACAUUAUCUCGGCUCCAAAGCGGCGAAAUAUGCCCUAGGGGUCCAUCGUGGGCCUCUCCCCCAGGACGAUGGCGACGGCUGCACAAUCGAGCAUGUCGAGACGGCAAACACCAUCUCGUUAGAGAAAAGGGAGAAGACAAGGGCUGAGCGAGCACGCCGUCAUUGGGCCCGAUUUUGGUGUUGCUACAUUUUUUGGAGCAUUAUCUUCCUGGCCGUUUUCUUGCCCGUUUUCUUCACUGUCAUUAUCCCCGCCAUUGCCCAAAGGGUUGUCGACAAUUCGUCACUCGUGGUCACCGAGACCAGCGUCAUGCAGCCGCGGCCGGAUUCGAUCAUGCUUAGCUUGAAGACCGCCCUGAAGCUGCCCAUCGGCGUUCCGGUUCGCAUCGAGCCCAUAGCGAUCAGUCUAUUCAACCGCAAGAAUAAGGGCAACGGGACCUGGGCCAAGGUCUACCUUGACGGCGCCACGAUCUCAGGGAACACCACCCUAGGAGUCGACAACCAAUUCACCCCGUUGAAUGUAGAGCAAUGGAAGGAGUACGUCCACAGCGUGGUCUUCGAGAAAAACGCUCCGCUAUCGCUCCACGGCAAAACCACGGCAUAUCUCGGCAAGCUGAAGAAUCACAUCACCAUGGAUAAGGACGUGAAGCAAAACACCCUCGACUCGUUCUCUGGCUUCUCGAUCGCAGACCCACAACUCCUUCUCCCUCCGAGGGAAGACGGGACCAACCUAAUUGCCAACGCCACCUUGCCCAACCCUUCGGUCAUGACCUUGGAAAUCGGAACAACAAUCCUCGAACUCAAGAGUGGAGACCUCGUCAUCGGCAACGCAACCAUUGACAACCUCGUCCUCAAACCAGGCAACCACUCAUCCCCCGUCCACGGCAUCAUGGACCUCAGGGUCUUGCUCAAGAACAUCGGACCAAUCCUGCAGACCCAGGCCAGCUCCCUCAAGAACGGCUACCUGACUCUUGACACCGUCGGCAAGUCCGUCGUCUACGACGGCGUCGAGGUCCCCUACUACACCGAAGUAAUGAGAAACCUAACCAUGACGGCGCAAGUGCCCCUCGGCGGCCUAAUCACGAACACGCUACGUGGCCUGCUCCGCCCCGACAACGGAAACAACAUUUUCUCGAACCUCACGAAUAACUCGGACUCGGAUAGCGGCGGCGGUUUACUCAGCAGUUUACUCGGGGGGUCCGACAAGGGCGUGACUGAUCUGUUGACCAGUCGGGCUGUGGAUGAGCUCUUGAAUAAUCCCGAGAAGCGCUCGUCUAUUAUUAAUGUCCUAGAGGGGUUCCUAUAG